AUGUACAAGAUGUUUCCGCUCUAUAGACCACCAUUGGGCGCAGACAACUUGACAGAAAUUCCUACUCCACACAAGACGUUGACCCAGCGUUUCUUGACGAUUGCUGAAUCCGAGCCAUUUGGUCCCAUCGAUGCUGCCAACUUGUUGGAGUUGCCUGUUGCCAGUGACACUUUGAGCAAGUUGACUGAGGUCCAGGAACAGGGAGACGAAGCAAAGGUCAGGUUGAACAAGGUUAUUGUAGGGAAACAGAAGGAAGGAGAGAGAACUGCAUUCAAGUUCACGAGCUCCAAGGCUGGCUCUGUUGGCCACCGUUAUGGUGCUGCCAGAAGAGACACCAAGAAGGACAGGGCCAUUGGCUUUGAUGCCGAGGGUCGUAUGGUCUACCUCUAG